AUGCAGUCGUUCUUCGGCAACUCGAAGCCGUCUUCGAAGCCGGGCGUGUCCACCGUCACCGUCAAGAAGGUCGUGCACCGUCCAGCAGCGGUGGCCAAGCCGUCUCCGACUGUCACGCUACAAAAGAAACCGCCGUCAAGCAGCUCGUAUGACCGCAAGCCGGCCUCGAGCUCGUCGAAGAGCUCCUUCUCGCGCAACUCGCCCGCCCACGCCGCUGUGUCCAAGUCGAAGACGGCGUCGCCCGCUCCCAGAAAGAGGAGGCAAUCGCCGCAACGAGUUCUUCCUCCCUCCGACUCCGAAAGCGACAGCGACGAUGCUCUCGCUCCGAAGCGGCGGCGGGUAGGUCUCAGCGCCUCGACGCCAGAUAUCGGUGGAGCAGAUCUCCCCGUCGACCGGAAACUCUUUUGCCCGCAGCUCGUCGAUGCCCGCGGAGAGUGGGGAAGAGGAUGGGCCGGAUUUGUGGAGUGUGAGGAAGCGCUGAGGGGCCGCGUGACCGGCUGGGCCGGCGGAGACAAAGAGAGCAAGGAGCAGAGGGACAAGUACCAGGCUUACUUCCCUCAGCCCGGCUUCGAGAAUGCUGAACCGCUCCCUUCUGUCGAGCUUCGUUAUCCUUCAGGCGCUACGGAGAAGUUCAUCUUAUUGACACCAAUGUCUCAACGAGAGUAUAACCCUGUCAGCGAGCUCCGCAAUGCGCUGAGGCUCAUACUUGAACGUGAGUUGUAUUCCUCGUCCACAAAGCUAAUGCUAGACUACAUACCUCCCUCUCACAGCCAUAUCUUCGGCACCCUCGAGUCCAGCGGGGACUUCGAAUCGACUGUCCCCUCCCGCCUCCACACGCCGACCCCAGGAGCUUCGCCGGCAGGUGAGGGCUCUCCGAUGCUCACCCACGAGACGAUCGGAGAUGCUCUCCGACGGGCCCUUGCGCCGAAUCGACGAGAUGGCCCUGGACUGGUCAAGGCCGUUAAGCGAUUCAACAAGGCGCUCGCCGAGAUUCAGGCCGACGGUACGCUGGCCACCUACUUGAACAGCAGCGAGUACCGGAUCACGCGCCGAGAGUGGUCGGAGCUCGUGGACUUUGUGCACGACCAGGCGUACUCGCGCGUCGUCGGCCCCUUCUCGGACCAGCUGGAGCACCACCCCAAGCACCCGGACGAGGUUGCUGCCGCCAUCCACGAGAAGGAGGACGCUUAUGGCGAGCUGCGACACAACUUCAUGUCGAAGGUCAUCGAGCAGACAGACCUCGGCCCCGACAGCGUUUUCGUGGACUUAGGCAGCGGUGUCGGCAACUGUGUCGUGCAGGCUGCCCUGCAGGCCGGAUGCAAGAGUUCAGGCUUCGAGCUCCUCCCUGUGCCCUCUCGCUGUGCGCGCAUGCAGCUCGCCGAGUGCAAGCGCCGCUGGGCCAUGUGGUCACUCAAGGGCAACACAGACGCGAUCACCUACGAGGGCGAUUUCACGCGGCAUCCCGAGGUGGCGCGGCAGUUGGCCAAGGCGGACGUCGUGCUGGUCAACAACGAGGUGUUCCCUUCGUCGUUGAACAUUGCACUGACGCACUCUUUCUUGGACUUGAAGGACGGCGCUAAGAUCAUCUCACUGAAACCCUUUGUGCCCGAGGGCUUCAGAAUAAACGAGAUGAACUGUGACUCGUUCGCGAGUAUCCUCAAGUGCGAGCCGUACAGCUACUACUCAGGUUGGGUCAGCUGGAAGGCCGACUCGGGCAAGUACUAUGUCCAAACAGUUGACCGCUCGCUCCGGCUGAAGUACGAGGAGCAGAUGAACGGACGGAGGAAGAGGGGUUAG